GUAUAAUGACUUUAUGGUCAUCCUCAUUAACUUCUCUGCGUCAUGCAUGUUCUUGCUUUGCUCCUGCUGUAAAGGCGAAGUCGUCCUUGGAGCCAUUGGUCCCUGUUCGGCGUCACAGCGUGGUCAGCCAAAUGACACUCAGAACUGCAAGCCGGAGCGGACGCUGGCUGACGCUUGUGCUUCUCGUACUGUGGCGGGCAUCUCCUGCUGCUUCGGAAUCCACGCACAACCAGACUGACGGCAACAGUAGCGCCACUAUUGAGACCUACAGCGCCGACGACGCAGGGUCCCCGUGCCCUUUCAUGUCCGGCAUCGGUACCGCUAUCCUGCGCGGCAUUGCCGACUCACCCGACGACGCGUACGUGCUCGAAGAGGCCGCCGAGAACCCGGACGCUGGGGCUGUCAAGGAGCUCGUCACAUAUCACCAGCGAGGUGUGAACCUUUUUCUCACUUUCCUGUGGGGUGUGGUCAUCUUCUUCAGCAUCUUCAUGAUUGCGGCUAUCAUACAAGUUCUGUACAUCUUGUGUACGGGCACGUUCAAGCACUACGUGGCCAAGUCUAAUACAUGCGCUUACAUUUUUUGCGUCAUCGCCGUCUCCACCAUGCUCAUCGUGAUGAUCGUUCUCCUGGUUUUUCUCAUCGGAUGCCGCGGUGCUCUCGCCGACAGCGCGGGGGAAAAAGUGCCAGCAGUUUACGUCUUGACUUUCGACAACCUGCGCAAAUUUUUUCGCUUGACAGUGACUGAAGCGAGUAUCGCUUCAGGCCGGAUACCGAAGGUGCAACGCGUACUCGGGGAUGGUUUCGGCCAGGCAUUUGGGGAUUUCGUCGCGAAAAUUUCGAAUGCAGACGACAACGUACCGUUAUUUCGUUUGGAUUCGGAGUGCACUGAAAAGGCGCAUUUCAAUAACGUGCAGCUUGCCGACGGUGACGUUUGGCUCCCCGAGAAAUCAAGUGCGCCCGCCGAGCACUGUGCCCGUAUUCGUCAUAUGCAAGGGCAACUUUUCGACAAAAUUGUGAGAUCAGUGGCGGUCUCUACCGUCCAGUACCGCCGAGAACUUUCAGAGAUCUUGAGCGACCUCACUUUCGUGGCUGAGGCAAGCGAUGAUAGCACGGUGCUAGCUUCCAUUGAAAGCAUCGAUCGACUCCAAAAAUCUGUCGACGAGUACGAAAAGAGCAAGGGUACUUUCGGCACCCUUUAUAGGGAGGCUCGCGAUGAUUUUUUCUGGUUGAAUAUAUUCCUCUUGGUUUGUUUGAUCGCCUUGACGAUUACUUUGCUGAUGGGAGUCGCUGUUCAUGAUAGGACAGUAAAACCGCAACGCAGGAGCAACCUGUCUCACGUAAUCGGUUUUUUGUUUGUUACUACUGCUUUUCUUUUUGGCAUGUUUGUCGUCAUUUCCAUAUUCACCACUAUGUAUCUGACUAUUGUUAGUACGCUCGGUUACUGCUACCUUUGCGAGUCUUACAUGGACGAAAGGUAUUCCGUUCUGGACGAUGCUUUAGAACGGCUCUGGCCGUCAAGCAACCGCAGCUCUCUGUUAUCUAAGAUCACACCUUCCAAGAUAAUGGGAAAUUGCCAAAAUGACUCGAUUUCGAGUAUCAUUUUAAGCCCAAAGUUGACUCGUCACACAUCUCAGGGACGAUAUUUCUUCCAACGUGCGGGAACACUAACAAACUACGAGCCGUACGAAAACCCAUCUGGGUCUAACCAAGACACUUUCAUUGCUGGCGUGCACAUGGUGCCGUUACACGAUGAGUCAUGUGUGCCAGACGCGUCGUUCUCGGAGCUAGAGUCCGUCAGAUCUUGUAAGAAAAACGCUAGAAACAGUUUGCGGACAUGGUCCAGACUAAGCCAUACCGCUGUCCGGCUAAAUAGAGCUGAGGCAGAAAAAGCUUUGCUUCGUGCGGCGCCAUUUUACUUCGGCCGUUUCGUGGAAGAGCUAGUGAACGCAGUUAAUUCCUUGGCCAGCACAGGUGGUGGGCGCUGCUCUAUUCUGCGCUCCAUCCUAUCAUCGUUCAUGGACGUGGUCUGCGUUUAUGUCCUCGAAUUAGUCGGCUACUGGGCGUCGCUAAUGCUGGCCACCUUCACCGCCAUAAUCGCCAUACCAUUCUGCUUCGUGCUGUCAAAAUACUUCUUCCGCACCAGAAGAAGAAAGUCAAAAGAGCGCCGAGUAGAACUGUACGAGGAGUCGAGCUCUGCGGCAGAGUCGCUUACUACGCAGUCGUUUACUACGCAGCAGGAGACUCCUCCCGAAGUCACACGUCGCGUGGUCUACCAGUCUCAGUCAACCCGCACCUACGAUCCCUACACGUUCAUCAGUCCGUCUGUCGUGCGCCAGACUUCCUUCACAUCAUAUUUGUCGAGGAUCCCAUUGCAGAACAUCCGCAGAAUAGACUCAUCAACGACCUUCAGCCCUGUUGCAAUGGUGUUGCCUGGGAAUACCGUGUGCCACCACCACCACCACAGUCAACAACACUACCACCACUACCAUCCGCCACAGCCUGCGGUGAUCGCACCGGUGCAUUCGCCGUCUUGCAUCUUGAGCGUUCCCACUGUCCCAGUUAUGCUGCACAGCCCUCGUAGUUCCCUAACGGUGCAGCGAGUAGAUUCGCACACAGCUGUCGGCCCGGACAGCUGCCGCCGUUCGUCCGGCACCAUGGUGGCUGCAACGGCCGCAACGACCGUAACUCACCAUGUAGGGUCUUCGCCUGCGGUCGUACUUGCGCCUUCAAAGCCAUCCGUAGUUGUGCCGCCCACAAGCGUUCUGGUGCAGCCACCAACUGUUGUGACGUCACCGCCAGUGGUCGUGGCGCCACCUCCGACGGUCCUCACGCAGCCGGCAACUGUCCUGACGACGCCACCGACCGUCGCCGUGCAGCCGCCACCUGUGCCGUUAGUCGUGCAAACGCCUCCAUCCGCACCACCGGUCGCCGCGAGUCCCAUAGGAACGGGCCCAGCCGAGAACCAGCAAGCCGCCACAGCACAUAUGACCAUCAACUUCUACGGCAACCCAGCCGGCGGCACCUUCGGGAUUCCCAUGGCUGGUUACCCAGCGGGCUACCCAGCCGCGGGCUACAUAACGGCCGCCGGCCAGCCUUACUACUACACCGCUGCUCCCGCUGCGUACGCCGCUGCCAUGCCUGCUGCCACACCGGUGGGGGCACAACCGGUCGCGUACGCAACAGCCACACCUGCCGCCGCUCCUGCCACCACGCAGACGGUCGCAUACGCUGUGCCUACCGGCCAGGCUGCUGGUGCAUACCAGUACGCGUUCGCCAUGCCGCAGCUGCAGCAGUCCAUCUCCACGGCCAGCGUGUCCAGCACGCACUCCGUGCGUACGCUGCCCUCAACGUUGUUGAGACCGGCGGUGACCGUGCCUGUGGCGGCGAGCGCCCCCAUUGCAGUGCAGCCCGCUAUGCGCGUCUCUUCAGUGACCAGAGUGCGAUCACUGCAACAACCUUAGGCUGAGUGCUGCGAGGAAGACAGGGAUUUUCCUUUUGUACGCUAUUCUCUUUUCGGCGGCGAGAGGGUGUGAAAGCGCCGGGAUGGUAUGAACAAGCCAUGACGGUAUAAAGGUGGCCCGCUUAGUUAAGAACACUGCAAACGAGUGCGUGCACUGGAUUCCUCUGGCUACACAUGUUUCAAGGUGCAUCUUGCGAGUUCUUUCGUAUGCUUUGCGAGAAUGCCGCUGACAUUCUAUUCAAUCCUAGAAGAUGGUCUAUAGUGUUAUAACUAGGGGAAAUACGUACAUUGUCAAAUGCAAUUCGUUCCAUUUCUCAUUUUCAAUCUUCGCGCUUUAGGAACCUUGAAUGUGCGAAGCGAA